GAUUAUUUCUACUUUAAUGUUCAACGCUCUGGCUACUAUCGUGUCAAUUAUGAUUACAAGUCAUGGAUUGCAUUGCAUCGCAAUUACGACAACUUACCAGAAAUUGUAAUCGCUCAAGUAAUCGACGAUUCAUUGAAUUUGGCACGCGCCGAAAUUGUUUCGUACGAUAUCCCAUUGUCGUUCUUAUUGAAAUUACGUGCACAAGACGUUCUGCCAUGGGCCGCCGCAACAUCUGGCAUCAAAUUUAUCACAAAUAUGCUAAGCCGUGAACCUGCUUAUGAACACUUUAGAGCACUCAUGCGCUACAUCAUCAGACCAAUUUAUAACGAGAUGCAAUUCGAUGAGCAGCCAAACGAAUCACACGUAGAUCUUAUGCACCGAGCAACUAUCGUUCAUCAAGCAUGUUUCUUCAGUCAUGAUUGGUGUGUUAACAGGGCUCAACUCAUUUAUCGCGAAUGGAUGCGGGACAAAACACAGAAUUUGAUUAAUCCAAAUCUAAAGGGAAUUGUUUACUGCACGGCUUUACGUGAAGGUUCCUUCCAAGAAUGGUAUUUCGCGUAUAACCGAUACUUAGAAACGACCAGCGCUUCCGAGAAAGAAAUCAUUUUGGACGCUCUUGGAUGCACAACAAAACCAUGGCUUCUGUCAAAAUAUUUGAACAUGACGAUUACAUCAUCGUCAGGAAUUCGGAAGCAGGAUGGUCGACGUGCGUUCACGGCUGUUGCCAAAAAUAGUCUCGGUUUUGAAAUAGCGUUCGAAUUUUUAAUGUCAAACAUUAAAGAAAUUAGCGAAUAUUUCGGUGAUGGUUUCUCAACACUCUCGAAGAUGGUUGAUUCAACCACGAAAUUCAUGAACAAAGACUAUCAUCUCGAGCAAUUGAAACUAUUUAAAACCAAGGCUGAAAAACUCGGUCUCAAAUCCAUCGGAGACAGUAUUCAUUUAUCCGAGAAAAAGGUCGAGAAUAAUAUUUAUUGGCGAUCACGUUCCUACUAUAAAUUACAAAUGUUCUUGACAUCACUAACACAUGAUCUUCACAUCAAUCUAUCCUAAAAAGCAUUAAUUAGUUUUGGAAUUGGAAAUUUAAACACUUGAAGCGAAACGAAAGAAAGACAUUUUCGAAUAAAAAGCCAAAACCAGUAGACUACUUUCUAAAAAGAUUUGUCCAGCUUUGCUUUUGGUUAAUUUUACUAUCAUUGUGAACAAUUCAGUGUUGGCCGAGACGAAAAUCAAUUUCGCUGGCUGGAAACAAAUGCUAUACUUAUAACCAAAAUGUAGAUGAAUGUGGAAAGUACAUAUUUUGAUCGUGAUAACAAAGUGUAGGGACGCCGAAGUGGACAUCAAUUUAUUGUGAAAAAGAUUCAUGCCAUCAUUAGCGAUAAUACAACAGUUUACCUUGCACCAGACAAAAUGGUUACUACCUUUGACAUAUAUACGAAAUAUAAUUUAUUUUUUCUUACAUGUGCCGUGCCGCAUCCGAGGUGUCAGCCACAGAAACAAAUCCAAAAUUGCAAACAUUUUCAUUUUCCUUUUCAAACCAAAUAUUUGAAACAAUGGAAAAUUAGAAACAAUUCAGUUGCGUUUUAGUGACGAAUUAAAAUGAAGCGCAUGUUCUUCGCGUGGGAUUUAGAACACGAAUAAAAAAAAUGGAAAUGAUUGACAUUUUCUGUUUGAUUCUGUAGCAGAGAUACUUUGGAUUCGUCGUGCACAACAGAACGAAACGCAUACACAACGAAUUUAAUUGACGACAUGCAUAUUUAUCGCGACAAAAAAAUAAUGCUAUUUAAGAAAUUGCAUCAUGAUCUUCAGCCAUUUGAAACAAACAACGAGGCGCUGUUUAUUGUCUCCUCACCAGGACACUAUAUAAUAAAUAGUAAUUUCAUUUCAUUAGAUUUACCCCAAUUUUGGUGGCACGACGAAGUUCAAUAACAUUUUUGUCAUCGAAUUUUUGGGUGUCAUCGAAAUUAAAUCGCCAUUUGUUUUACAUUUAAAUUGAGAAUCCAUAUGACCAUUCACUGUUUAUAUUGAAGAGAAUGUGGUAUCUACUUCUUUAAUUUGUUCACUAGAUUAAUUUACAUUUCUCAUAUAUGUUUUUUUUUUUUUGUUUCAACGCAAAACACUUUGUUUCACUUUGGUUUUCAAAUACGAAUACUUAGUUGAGUGAUAAAAUCUGUUUUACGAAUCAUUUUACACACAUAAUUCGAUGUAUAUUGAACGAGAAUAGGAAUGGACGCUUAAAAAUAAUUUUAACAUUAGAUAAACAAAGAUGAUAUGAAAUAAAAUGUAUAUGUAUUUUAAAAAUGCAAAAAAAAACAAGAUGUAGAGGGCAUUUUUUAGCGUCUGAGACUCAGAGUCGUGACCUCUUCAGCAAUAUCGUAUUUUUGAUGAAAAGCAUAGCAUUUGAUUCGAUUCAAUCGAAUCAUUAUCGUUUGUUAAUCUGAAAAAGAACAAUAAAAAUAAUUAGUUGAACCUGCAAUGUUACCGAAGAGGUCAAGACUUAAGAGUAUAGAAAAUGUCGUCGGCAUGUAUAUUGAUAUAUAUGUAUUAUGAAACGAUCGUUUCCGCAUGUUGAAAUAAAGAUUUUGUGAGAUUCUAUUUAAAAAUAAAAAAAAGAACAAGAACAAAAACAAA